GGGCAGGUGAGUUUGGGCGGAAACCCAACUCGUUGGGUGCUUGCCCAAAUGAUCUUGACAACGAACACUCUGUCGUCACGGCGACUGGGGGGCUGGAGCAGGGAGCCUGAGCUCCGGCGAAGGGGGUUUGAUUUGUCCCCCCUUGCUCCUUGAGCCGGUUUCCCUCCCCCUUUUUCUUCCUUUUCCCCCUCGGUCGUCUCCUACGCCUGACCCAAAAGCAGCAGGGGGACGUAGCGAGCAGUCAGCGCACAGGCCUCCAGAGCAGAGCGGGCGCGAGGACGGUGGUCUCUCUGUCGUUUUGCGCGCCCCGGAGCUAUCGACCCCGUCCCCAGGAGGCUCUUCUUCUGCCUCGUCGGUGCUGUGGGGUGUGUUGACGGCGCCGCUCGUGGAGGGAGCUCUGCACCUUCCAGCUGGUGCGUGGUAGUUUUUUUUGGGCCCUGGAGCUCUUUGACCCCGUCCCAGUCGGCAGGGUGCGCUGGUGCGUGGUCGUCUGUCGUGGGACCUGGAGCUCUUUGACCCCGUCCCAUCGACCAGGUGCUCUCGGCAUCUUGGUUGCGCCAGGAGGUCUGGACCCGAUCCCUGUUGGCAGGUGUCCUCACACCCGGAGAGAGCAGGCAUCUUGUGGUCUGCACGGCAGGGUCCGUAGCCAUCUGGGCUCAGGUGGCUCACAGGGUGUUGCGCGGAAACUUGCCGCCCGCCCGCCCCCUCGUGCAUGUAUUCCAUAUUGGCAAGGGCAGCUGUCAUCUGUUUUCUUGUUCAUUCGAGGUGGUGCACUGAGCAGCCAGAGAUGUCCAAGAGCAGCCGCGAACGCAGUGCCGUGCCGGCUGGAGAAGCGAGGUGGUCUACCACGCAACUUCGUGCAGCAGGUGUCUUACUCCCCAAAAGGUCCAAAGACAUCACGUCGCGGGUUCACUGUCCGCAUGAAUGUGCUAGGGCGUUUGCCCUGAGAGACCAAGUCCUUGCGGCGCUCGUGCGAGGCGACCAUCUUCGGAUGUUCCCAUUGCUGAAGUCUUUGGGCCAACUGAAGGUGACGACGCAGAUUCUGGCAGUAACGGGAAUUGGCCACCUUGUGGCGGAUGCGUCCCUUUGGAGACGGUCGCCGCACCCCCGCGCAGUAAUAUUUGCUAGGGUGUUGAAGCAGAAAUGGCUCUUGGACGUCAGAGGGACUGACACGCUGGACAUAAUGCGUGCGGAUUUGCGGGGCGAGUUGAAAGGGUUCAAGAACGAAUCUUUCCUUUGCGCGGUGAACGUAUGGUCAGAUGUGCUAGAAGAGAUGGACUCGCCGCCGCUGCCGCGACAUGUACGCCAGUGUCUAGGGCUCAUACUCACCUUGUGCGGUUUCAACCACAUCCGUCAUCUGGGUGGUUUGACGGCCGCCGAGCUCAAAGGAGUCACGGACUCGCCGGUGCUUCAGGCUGCGUUGGAACGCGUGCUGGCACGUGCGUCACUGGUGCAGCCGACGGCGCAGCUGAGCCACGCAGGAGCGCAGGCCCGGCCAGCGACGUCAUCUGCUGAGAGUUUCGUUGGCUCUAUAUCACCGCAGGUAGUGCAGGAACUUGAAAGCCAUGUUCUAGCAGAGCUGAAGGGCAUGGGCAUCACGGACCUGGACCAGGGAGCGAGACCCAUGGAGGUCAUCCACAUGGUUGAAGGCUGCGAGGGAACAGGGGGGUAAUCCUUUGAGUGUGCUCCAAGAGAGAGCGAGGCUCCUUAAAUUGGAGUCGGCUAGAGCAUCGCUAGCAAGUGUCUCAAGUGCCCUCCGUGCCUGGCACGCCUUCGCAGUCCAUAUUCAGGGGCUUCCAGCGCGUGCUACUCUACCACCGCGCUCAGAGGCCCAGGCGCGCGAGUUUCUGGCAAUUUUCCGGUCGGGGAAAGCAGCCAGCAACUACGGCGGGUACGUGAGGUGGACCUGCGUCCACUUGGGCCUGGACGUUUCAUGGCAUGGCGAGGAGGUGAAGCAGACCCUGGCAGGAGUAAAUAAGAGAGCUAUGCGGUUCACAGGUGGACCAGCCAGAGUCUCGCAACUGCUCGCAUCGCCAAUCCUGAACAAAGUAGUGCAGCUUGCUGACGCAGCGAACGUGCAAGAUGGCUUCCAGGAGCUAGUGAUAAUCAGCUGGGCGUUUCUCUUGAGAGUUCAGUCAGAGGGAAUCCCGCUGGAAGCUGGAGCUGCGCGGGAGGAAGGUGCGUUGCCGGCGGGGAGGCAUUCUUCAGUCUGGAUUGCAGACGGAGCAUUGCACCUGCUUUCCGGCGAAGGAAGCACCGUCCAGCCGGCUCCCAUCUCGCCAGAAAGUGUUCGUGUACUCGUAUAGGCGAACGCUUGCGCCCUGUGCACAGGAUAGGAGCGUUCUUACAAAGCAGAGUUUGCGGUCAGAAAUUGUUCAAUUUCAGCGGCAGCGUCUUUGUCAGCGCUUUGCGGCGAUUUCUCACCCUGGCAUUGGUACCAGGAGCGGCAGCAUUCUCCCUGAAGUCGUUCCGGGCAGGGAGAGCGACUGAAUUGGCAAGUCAGGGCGAGUCCCUAGGUGCCAUAUUGGCAGCAGGCGAGUGGAAAUCAUCGCAGUUUCUCAGAUAUGUUGACAUCGACGUAGUCGAGCAACAGGUAUUGUUCGAUAGAGCCGUGAAUUCUGACAGCGACACGGAGGCUGGUGAUGCUGCAGUCGCGGAUGCAGUAGUUUAAGUUUUCUCCUGAGCGGGCAGCUGAGCGGGGGGGGGCAAGCGACCCCCCUCUCAUCGCAGCUGUGCGGAAUUGCCCAACGAGAGUCCGCGGAGA